GUACACCCCAAAGGCCUGUUCCAAUGAAAUUAUUUGCUACUUGGGAAGUGGAGAGGACAUCGCCAAAUUGUGUGCCGCGGUGAGUUUGUCUCAAAAGCAUUUUCGUUUGUUUUGCGUCGUACGAGACUUUCACAAAUAUCGUGGACAGAUCGAUACUGAGCUAGUUGUUUGAUUGACAGUGAUGCCUCGAACAUUCCCUUCCAAGUUUUGUCUUUCUUAGUUUAAACGUUCUACAGUUGUUUGCUGUUCAGCUGUAACUCGCUGUAAGAUCGUUGUAUUGUUUAAUGCUGUUAUUAUUUAACUGUGGCCAUCGAAAGCAAAUUCAAUCUCACUUUAUUUGAAUUGUCAGGCGAAACUAUUCACACUGAACUCCGCUAUCCUAGCCUGGAACACGUGUUUUCGUGUUACACACAGGAGAAUCUUUGUCUUAUAAUUUUCCCUUGUGAUUAGGAAUUUUGCUUAGCGAAUUUUCAGUUUUAAUUUAAUUUCUUAAUCAAGGCGGAUGGCAACGGAAGUAAAGGCUUUGUCAGCGAAAAAUGCAAGCAAUUGACAGUUGCAUAUCGGAACUUUAAUCCUUUUCUAGUUGAAUUUAUUUAUUUUUGAAUUUAUUGGGCACUUUCUUUGCUGUGGAAAAACGAUAAUUGUGGAAUAAUUAUGCCUUAAAAUUCACGAGCGACCCCACAGAUCAAGCAAAAUUUGAUUUUGAUCGUGCCUAAAACAUCCUCAUAAUGUACUACAACAAAAAGCAGACUGCAUGCAAUCGAAUUUGGCGAGAAAACGUCUAUUUGUCAGCUUCAGUUCAUAUCGAUCAUUUUUAUGGCUUUUUGACUUGAGUUUGCUUUGAUACACAAACACAGUGAAUCUCUGUGUUUGGUUUUAAAACUGAGCCAAAUAUAGAACUUGGUUCAAGUGUAGACUGAAAUGCAAAUUUUUUUAUUGUUGUUGGUCGAAUGCAACUGACACCCUUUGAAUUGAAUUCAGAACGAUCACGGCGUUCUACAAGACUUGAAUUUCGUGGGAAACGACGUGCUUAUUUCUUAAUAAACCCUUUUUGAAUCAGUGGUUUUUUUAUGCGUGCCUUGGGGGAAAGGAUCUAAACUUUGAUAUUAAUUGUUUAUUCAAAUUUUUAAAAUAACUCUACCUAAUAUCUUUCAUUGUCAUUGUUACAAAUUUUUCAUUUUCUUGCUGCGUGCAUUUUCUUUUCGUUUCUUAAAAUUAUUGAAGCAAAAUGAAAGCAUUUUCUUUUUGUAGCUGUUGAACCCAGUGUUUUUGAUAUUCUAACUAUUAAAUGAAUCUGUGAAAUCUGUAAUAUAGUACUGUAUGCAAAAUAGCCUCUAUUUUUAUCCAGAAAAGAUAAACCAUCUGACACAAUUUUAUUAAAGGAAAUUAUUAAUUACUUAAAUCUUCUUUUUCCAACUAAUCUGAGGGGGGUUUCUUUCUAUUCUUGCAAAACAAAAGAUCAAAUUUUUUGUUUACUUGAGUGUUUAAUUUUUAAGAAAGUCUCCAGAAAUUUUUACUUUGCUUUUUAUUUGCACUGCUAGAUAUGGUGAUAAAGUUAUCUUUGGAAUCUUUUGUGGGAUGAUAAAGUUUACAUCUGUGCAUUUUCCAGACCCAUUUCUUGAGAAUUAUAUGGUUUUCUUCAUCAGCUUGAAGUUACUUUUUCUUAAAUUUAAUGCUAUAUUUUUGGAUGCUAAAAAUAACCAAAAAUUAAUUUGAUACUGUCAUUAAUGUAUAUUGCAUGCACUUACCAAUAUAGCCAGCAGGUGUUCAAAAAACACUUUAUAGCCUUCUCUUUUAUUUGGAAUAAUACUACAUUUGCUUGCUGUUUUAUGAUAAAGAGUAUUUUGUAUUUGACUGAUAGGAUUAAAAUUACCGUUUUAUACAUUGUAUGUAUUGUGGUUCAAUUUUAUCCUUAGUAUAAAUUUUAUGUUUCUUUUUUAAACUCAAUACAAAAACAAAAGAAAAGAAAAGUUGAUUAUGAAUAAUAUUGAUCUGAUCCACAACAAGUAGUUUGAGCCAUGCAUUUUUUAUCAGAGCUGGGUUUAUUGUAGAAUUUUCCUUUUAAUAAUUUUUAUCCAGGGAAAAAACUACUGUUUCCAUCAUGCAAUUCAAAUGUAUUUUUGAAAUGACUAUUUAUUUUAUUUUGAUAUGUCUGAGGAUGUCAUAUGGAUUUUGCUUUUCAUAAAAUUUGUGUAGUAGGAGUUGUAAUGUGAAAGUGAGUGCUGGCCAGAACUGAAAGCUGUUAUUGGGAAUAAAAGCUUCUAUUAAAUGUUGUUUUGAUUUAAAUAUUAUAAUUAUGGCAAAAGUGAAAUACAGAGAAGCAAAAAGGUUUAGACAAAAAUUUUAGCUGUUGUGACUUUGCCCACUGAGGUAAUUUAUUGAUUAAUGUUCAUCUCUAAAACUCUGGCUACUGUAAAUCUUCAACUUAGGUAAAAAAAUAUGUAUAAUUAUAUAUGUUACAGGUCAAAAUUAAAUUCAAGUUUAAAGUUUUAAACAUAUUCAAAUUCAAAUUCAAAGUAGACAGACUGCAAAUUAUAGUAGUUGCUAAAAAAUAUAUCUACGUGUCCCAACUGUUCAUCAGUAGGAUGCCUAAAAUGCAUGCAGUUCCACAAUUGGUUUCAGCUCCAUUAAAUCCUAUACCAAUCGACGACAAAAUCAUUUGAGACACUUUGCCCAAAAGGGGCUUUUUGACGUUUUACCGACUUUAAAUGGGGAUAAUAAAGCUUUUCCUCCCCCAUCCCCUCCGGGCAACGUUGUGCCACUGUUCAAGCUACCUGUAGAAAACAACAAACACCCUAGCUGUGAAUGGAGGGGAGAGGGAAGGGGUGUGGAUUCUUUUGUUCUCUGAAGUAUAAUGUCUCAAUGAUUUUGUUGUCGAUUGUAGGUUGAUUCUCAGUUAUUUUCCUUUUUCUUCUAGCCCUAAUUAUUCAUGAAUUAGGGCUAGGAGACAAAGGAAAUUGAGAAUCAACCUAGGUUAAAAAAAAUGAACCUGAAUUUAAUUUUGACCGGUAACAUAUAUAUAUAAAUUUAAUCUUUAAUCAAUUAAUCUCCCACCUUUUAAAACAAGAAGAGUCCAGUACAGGAGAUUCCAAAUUAUAAUAUAUACAUCUUUUGGCAAAAUUUUCUUUGGUUAUUAUUGGCUUUCUUGUGAUAAUUUUUAUUGCUGAGAACAGUACAGAAUGACAAGGAGAUACACCCUUAGGACUGCGUGGUGCUAUAGCAGCACUUGGUGGUCCCUAGUGCCUUGCCUUUGCUUUUGAGCAAGUUCAUGUAUAGGAAAUCUUAUUUUUUGGUUUAAAAUCUUAUGCUGGGCACCCUGGAUUUUAUAGUUUCAAUGCAUUAAUGGGUUCCCUACAGUUUUUUCUAAGAACACAGCAGUGACCUCAAAUGAAACAUCCAAGGCCCUGUUUGUAAAAUUUCAGCAUUUGACGUACACCACAAAGAUGGGUUGAAAUUACGACAGUGACAAAGAUAAGUACAAAUAUAAUGGUAAAACAACAACGGGGACUUUGCUUGCACCAUUAUUUUUUUAAAAAAUGUGUUUUAAAAUUCAGACUUUUUAAAGGGACAUGCCUCCCCCCCCCCCCCCCUGCCUCCCCUUAGAGGGCGGGGUUACCAGCAAGAAAAUUAAAACCUGAUUGUGUUUUUCAGACUUUGCACGAUGACACUGACGAGACUGGAAUUAUUGAAGCCCCUAGAGCCAAGUCUGACUGAAGUGAUAAUUUCUGUUUCCAUGCAGGUAAAUGAGUAAAUAUUCUGGCUGUUUGCAUUCAUUUGAUUGGUAUCUUCCAAAGCAAAACCAUGAACUGCCACCUAUACCCCCCACCCACCACCACCACAAGUUAGCCCCCAGGAGGUAAGCCCCCCUUUAGCUUAUACUGGGUAUUGAUAUAGAUUUGGUUUAUUAGGGACCUUAAGCAACGACGAUGACGAUGUUGGCAGUGAAAAUGUCGCUAAAAAAAUGAAUUUGCGUUCUUUCAGACUUAAUCGCAUUUAUUUGGACCCGCUUAACCCUUUAAGUCCCAAUAGUGACCAACAGCAAUUUUCUCCUAACAAUGUCCAUACAUUGUCAAGAGAUAAGGUUGUAAGAAUAUGAAAAAUGAUCACGAAAGAGAAAAUGCCUUGAUGUUUUAUUAAAUUCUCUCAACUUAUUCUUAAAGGUAAUGUAUGGAGAUCAGUUUGGAGAAUUUGUAGGUAGAUACUGGGGCUUAAAGGGUUAAUAUGUCAAAUGCAGGCGACUUUUCCUGCAACCUCGUUCCCAGGGUUCUCUGCUACCUGCACUACGCCCAUAGGGUGGGUAGGAGAGAACCCUGGGAAUGAGGUUGCUUUUCCUGGAGUUGAAUUCUUUAGGAUUUUAUUCAGGUUCAAAAAGAGGAAGGAAAAUUUGUCGUCGUAUGUCCACGUCCUCCAUAAAAUGUCAAAUUAGGAGGUUUCACGUCGUAGUCGUGUAGUGGACGUCAAAGAAAUGUACUAAAAGCGUGCUGCACGUGCAGAGCUGUUGUCUUGGUCAUUAAAUCUAUUGUUUUUUGAAGUUGUCGUCGUUGUCAUCGUCAUAGUUGCUUAAGCUCCGUAUUAGUUAUGACAUUUUGAAACUUAAUUGAAAACCAGUAAAUAUAAUAUAAGCCCCUUUGGACACAAGCCCCUCUGUUUAUAAGCCCUCCUUAUGAAGGUUUAUUAGCCGACAGCUUAUAAGCAGCAGUUUACAGUACUGAAUUCUAUCUGGGUCAGUGUGGAAGCAGAGGAACUCUGCUUUAGUAUAAUUUAGUCACUUACUUGAUCACUUUCACCUUAAAGGGGCUACCUUAUGUUGUUUGUUAAAAGUUAAAACAUGUCUUUGCGUCAAGUGAAUUCCAAAAAUAUUGGUUGCAUUUUGUUUUUUAAGACUUUAUUUACCAGUAUUUAUGUCAUUUGUUCCUAUGGAUGGCAAGAAUGCAUGCGGAAUAAAACAUGGACGUGAAAAAACAGAAAUUAAAAUUGAUCAUUUCAGAAACAAUUUUCUUCAUAUAAUAAUAUUAUUGCCUUAUUACAGAGUUCUCGCAGGAUUCUGAGAUCCAAUGAAAUUGUUCUUCCAUCCUCGGGUCUGAUUGACACUGAACUGGAUUUGUCCUUCUCGCUUCAGGUCAGUUGAUAGUACAUAUAUAUCAUCUUUUAAAUACAUACAGUCGAAACUUGGUAAUACGGCCACCAAUCGGCAAUGAGUCAAAAAAAUUUGGCCGUAUUACUGUGGCAGGCUCAAAUCUCAUGACUUGAGGUCCGUAAUGGCAAAUACACCGUACACCCCAAUUUUGAACCUCUAUUCUCAUUAAUAAAUAUCUGGAAUGUAAAUAUCACGUACAGUAAUUGAAAAAGCUACUUAAAAUUUCCUUCAGUACAUGAAACUCUUUUAAAAUUCAGUGUACUGUAGUCUAAAAACAGUACAAGAUUAAGCUCAGAUUACUUAAGGUCAAUAAAAUUGACAAGUUACAGGCGUUUUGAGUAGCCGUAUUAACGGGUGAAAUUAUAACAGAUUUUAGAAUGUGCCCAUUGGCCGUAUUAACAGGUGACUGCAUUAAUGGGGGUUUUUUUAUAAGGAAAUGUAUGGCCAUUUUGCUGGGCCAAAAAAACUGGCCAUAAUAUAAUAUAUAACGAAGUGACUGUGAUACCGCCGUUGCCGUAAGGCGGGGUUCCACUGUAAUAUUAAUUUUGUUUUGGUCAAGUUACUUUUAGAGGUAGUAUCACACACCCUGGGAACAUUUCAGGUUAGGUUGAUUUCUUUCAUUUUACUUUACCUACAUGUACAUGUAUAGUACCCUCACUUUUUGAAGAGAGCUGGGAACAACCUUCAGGUAAUGCUUCAAAGACGAAAGAAAUACAAGAAUCGCACCAUCCUUGGGUUCAAAACUUUGGCUGUUGGAUUGGUAAACAUGGGUCAGGUGAGAGACUGACUGCAGACUUCUAGUUACAUGUAAUUAUCUGUUGCUCUGUUGUUGUUGUUGUUGUUGUUGUUUUCUUAACCCUUUCAAUCUCAGGCGUCUUUUAAAUGACAGUCUUUAUUAUUUGAUCUGUCUGAUAAUCAUUUCUAAGCACUGUUAAUCGGGCAUAGCCAAAUUUUAGUUGGACACCGUCAAAAUAACUGACAUGUUUUAACAUUUGUGCCUGGCUCUGCAAUCCUAAUCCUAAAGUUUGAAUGGUCACUUUUUGUUCCAGACUUACACAUGUAUCAUAAUUCUUAAAUGUAACAGACAAAGGAAACUGAGUUUCAAACCAGGUUGAAAUCAUUUUAACCUUCACUACAGUAAACUAAAAGAUCGGGAUCCAAUUUAUUAGGGUGCAUUCAAAAGACAGUAUUUAAUAAUAAAUGGACAGGGUUUGCAAAUUUUAUUGAUUCAUGAGUGGAGUCAGUGUGACUUCUGCUUCACAAAUUUUGGAGUCAUUUUGGAAUAUUUGGAGUCAAGUAUCACAACGAAAAAAGCCAUUUUCAGACUUUCCAGCACAUGGCCCUGGCAUGUAUACACUAUCGUGAAGGAUACACGAAGUAGCUGUGGCAGACUUCUGACCUGGAAAGUUCAAAUCCAUGAUGGCAGUCAUCGAGUAAACUUUGCUCGUAAUUUAUCCUCUUCUGUUUUGUGGUGCAGUAUAAUUCUUUAAUUUUGAUGAUUCAAUUAAGGUUUACAAUUAACGUAAAUUGUAUUUGUCGUGAAAAAGGUAAGGACAAAACUGUGUUUGUUACCGAAAAUUUCUGGAGUCGAAGUGACUCCCUCCGUAAACUCAGUGGAGUCAUCUGAACAAUUUUGGCAUAAAAUAUGCCAAAUUUGGCGUAUUUGCGAACCCUGAUGGAAUAUAAACUCUGAAAAUCACUAGUUUAAUCUGGCAAUCAUUGGACUGUAAAAUCCAGAAAUCUGGUGGGCAAUAAUAACAGUUAAUUAAUAAUUUUUAGCUUUCUGAUGGUCAAAAAGUUUGCAGUUGAAGAGAUUUAACACCAAUUUCAAUGUAUUCUUACUCCAGAAUGAGAUCAAUCAAAUGUGUCCUUAGAAUAUUAGGUAACAUUUUUAUAUUGUGAUUAUUAUUACAUACUUGUUGUUUCCAGGUCCUUCAGCAUGCAGUAGAAAAUCAGUUAAAGUUGUACACAAAGGGAACACCUGUCCCUGUGGCACAGAUUACUGUCAACUCUCUUACUAGGUUGGUUGUGCUUGGGUAAAACUACAUAACUUUUCGUGGUAGCUUUUCUUCUUGCAAUAUACAAUCAGUUACAAAAUCGUUGGUCGCAACACUGCAGUUGUCAUGUGAGGUAUAGUUCGCCCUCUCUCCCCAAGCAACGUUGACUUGUUCAUUUGGGUUGUUACUUUUGGGGCUUUUCUUUUUGUUGGCCGAAAACUGUUUUCUUAAUGAAAAUUGUACAAAUGUAGUCAGCAUCUACCUCCACUAAGUAAUGCCCAAAUCUUAGCUUUUGAAUUAAGGUGGUUUCUUAUAUGGCCAGUUGAAGUUGUCUGUAAUGCAGCUACUAUGGAUCUCCUCUGUAAAAGAUUUCUGCUUAUGUCUUAAUUGGCAGUGAAAAUUAUUGGGCUUUAAAGUUAGUACAGGUACAUGUACAUUUUGUGAAGAAGCAGUUUUUAUCAUUGAAUGCAAAGUAAUUAGUUUAUUUCCUGUGUAUUCACAGCCAGCCGGUUGAAACAGAUAGAAUGACUGGAUCAGCAGUAAGAGGUGCGUACAGUAGUAAAAUACAUAGUGAGAGACUUGAUAAUUUUACAAAGUUUGAUAACCAUUGGAAUUUAAUAAUGUGUUGUGUUUUUUAUUCAGGUGAUGGUGAUGAGAACUCUAGUGAUGAUGAUGAUGAUUACUCGUUAUCAGACCAGGAAGCAAGUGACAGUGGUGGAGACGCUGUAAGCACAGCUAAUUUAGUUUGCUUUAUCUCUAUGUGCUUGGACCACAACACAAAAAUUCUCUUUUCAUCACUUACAAUGUAAUAAGUACAUUUUAGCCGCCUCCAGUUCUGAUACAAACUCGGCCCCUUUGCAUCUAUCCUGCCCCCCCCCCCCCAAAAAAAAAAAUCAAACUUAUUUUCAUAUUCAUAAGUGGUUGUGCACAAAGUCUUGUUUUGAUGAAGGAAAUCGAUUUUUCUUUCAAGGAUAUUCUUGAUGUGGAACAGAGGCAAGGAGGUAAAAUAAGGCGUGGAAAAAUAACAAUACCAGCAAAGGUAAAUAAAACCAAAACCUCAUGUUCAAAAUUUUGUUUUAAAUCUUUUGAUGUGAUUAUAUUUGUACCAAAAAUUGACAUAAAAAGUGAGUUGAGAUUUUCACUAUGUAACAAAGCAAUACACAUGUUUUGAAGAAAAUUUAGGGUGUUAAUACAAAUGUAUCUGUAAUACCUGUAACGUAGAAAUUUUUAUGCAGUAUGAAAAAUCUCAUUAUAAUAGAGUAAAAUUCAUCUCAUCAGUCAGUACUUUCACAAAUAAGAGAUUGUGUGUAGUGCAUAGCUAAACACUUUUCAUAGCAACAUAGUUACACAUCAAAGCUGCAGGUGAAGUGGAUCAUCAGACAAUUUCUUACUAAAAAUUGGCCCAUUUCUCACAAGGUCAGAUGUGAGGUCUAGACAAAGUUAAUAGUUAAGACUAUUAUUUUUAAUUUUCAGAUGAACAAAAUCUACAUUGAAGGCUUGUGAAUAAUUUACGAAUGCUCAAGAUAGAUUUAACUUUUUUUGUCAUAGUAAUUAGAUAGUAGUAUUGCAGUGAAUAUGUGUGGUGCAGCUGUCUACCUGCAAUUUAAGAUACAUACAGUCAUGUAAUGUGUCCUUUUGGGGAAUUGGACAGCAUUUUUGUCUUUUUUUUUUUUGAUAACAUUUGGUUUCUUAUGCCCUUUUAAUAAUAUUUUUACCAUGUAAGUGCUGGCAAUUUAUUUUUUGACUGAUGUGCCCAAGGAGUUUAAUAUUAUAUUCUUUUUCUAUCAUUUAGCACCAGAAGAAUUUUAAACAAAAGUUUAUUGCACUCCUUAAGAAGUUUAAAGUCCCAGAGGAGGUGAGUCUAUUGUGUGAUUGCAUGAGAAAAGAAGAGUUAGAAUAGAGGAUGAAGCUUGUGGAAAUAGCCCCAUGGGUAUCUACUAAAUUGCUUGAUAUUCCCUCCCAAAUGACCCCAUAUUUGCUAAUGAAACAAAAGGGGGUCAUUGUACAAAAAAUCGUCAAGGGUCAUGCACCCCUUCAAUUUACCCUUGAGAAUAUGUUUGUAGCUGGCUAAAAUCCUCUCGGAUAGCUUGCGAGCAAGCUCUUCGGGGCGCUCUUGUGGCAGGGCAGGAAAAGGAAGGAGAGCUUGCAACUAUGUCUCUGGAAAUAUUUGAAUAUCUGCAUUGAAAAUGUCAAUGCAAAAUGCUGAUUGGCAGAGAUGACAUUAGCAAAGAUGUCAUUACCCUUGGUGCGUGCUUUCACGUGUUUUUCAAUGUGUGUUUACAUUCAUGCUGGUUUCCACUUUGUGCUGAUUGGUGGAAAUCUGACGGCUCAGUCGAUGUGGAGCCACUAGGAAAUUGAAGGCAGAAUUGAAAUUUCAGAGACAUACAUAAGUGUGGUUGUAAGCUCUCCCUCCUUUUUUCUGCCCUGGUGCCAGAGGGCCCCGGAGUGCUUGCUCACAGGCUACCUCUGUGACUUCUAGAAAAUCAACAGUGGCACCACUCAAGCAGACUACUGUAUUUGACUCACUUGUUUAAUUAUUUCUUGAAGGCAUUAGUUAAUGAGAUGGGAACUCUUCAGGAUAUGGAUAUCAGCCCUCCAGAAAACGAUGAGGCAGGGGAUGAUUUUCUCUUUCCUGAUGAUUUGGAAGACUUGGACAGUGAUAUGGAAAAUAACCUUCUUGAAGACUCCAUAAGUAUUGUGUCAACACCUAAACCUUCUCUAAGGUAUUAAAUAUGGUAUUUUAUUAAAUUCUGUUUUAAGACCGAGUCAUCGUUAGGUCAGCGUCUUGGUCAUACUUGUCAACUGGUUUGCCCCAGCCCUACCCAACCUGGAGACUUUUAAUCAUGUUACAAAACAGUGUAUGUUUAUUUUUGAUUACUUGAAUGGAAUGCUUGUAAACUAGCAAGAGCUCCAAUUGCACUUUCAUUAAAAAUAAGACAUACAGUGGAUCUGUCAUUUGUUUUGUUUCACAUUUUGUUUAAGUUGUUGUAAAUAUCACCUGUUUGAGUUUUGGAAUUCAUUAUUAUUUAUAGGAAUUAGCCUGCGUGGCAAGCGUUCAAAAGGGAAAGGAAAAGGAAAUUUGGGCCAAAUUUCCUUUCCCUUCCGUUUGGAACGCUUGCCACACAGGCUAUAUAAAAAUCAUUUGACCAGAUUCUUUCUUUAUGCAACUGUUUUUAGCACUUCAAAUACUUCAAAUGCCAGCUUCAGAUUCUUUCAGAAUGGUCAAGGCAACUUAUUGAUGCCGUUGAUAAAACACAUGACUUCAUUUUAUUUGUUUUUAGACCUUUCUUUGACCCUAGAAGCUCAGUUGAAAAUGUUCCAAAUCAUGUCGACACUUUGGUAAGUUAUUUUGAUGCAUAACGUGAUUAAGGGGCAAUAUUCCAGCAAAAUUUGUCUGCAAUUAUGGCGAGCGAAGCGUCUCCUUUCGCGUGCGACUCUCGCAUAACUUCGCGCAAAAACCGGUCGUUUCGAUACAAGUCGUUUUGAUACAAGCUCAAGCAGUGAAAUUGCACAAAAAUUUUGUUCACUUUAAGUAUAGUUUGUGAGUGAAGAAGAAAAACAUUUUGGGUGAAUAUCUUCGUUCUUUAAGCCAAGUAUGUGGAACUAUUUACACUUCGAAUGAAUAAACUUGUAUCCAAACGACUUGUAUCGAGACAACUUUGUAUCGAAACGACCAGUAACCCUUCGCGCGACUCCCCCAAAUGUAGAGCUUGCUUGCAGGCUUAGGGUGAGGUUACUACCCCCCCCCCCCCCUGCCUCCCCUUAGAGGGCGGGGUUACCAGCAAGAAAAUUAAAACCUGAUUGUGUUUUUCAGACUUUGCACGAUGACACUGACGAGACUGGAAUUAUUGAAGCCCCUAGAGCCAAGUCUGACUGAAGUGAUAAUUUCUGUUUCCAUGCAGGUAAAUGAGUAAAUAUUCUGGCUGUUUGCAUUCAUUUGAUUGGUAUCUUCCAAAGCAAAACCAUGAACUGCCACCUAUACCCCCCACCCACCACCACCACAAGUUAGCCCCCAGGAGGUAAGCCCCCCUUUAGCUUAUACUGGGUAUUGAUAUAGAUUUGGUUUAUUAGGGACCUUAAGCAACGACGAUGACGAUGUUGGCAGUGAAAAUGUCGCUAAAAAAAUGAAUUUGCGUUCUUUCAGACUUAAUCGCAUUUAUUUGGACCCGCUUAACCCUUUAAGUCCCAAUAGUGACCAACAGCAAUUUUCUCCUAACAAUGUCCAUACAUUGUCAAGAGAUAAGGUUGUAAGAAUAUGAAAAAUGAUCACGAAAGAGAAAAUGCCUUGAUGUUUUAUUAAAUUCUCUCAACUUAUUCUUAAAGGUAAUGUAUGGAGAUCAGUUUGGAGAAUUUGUAGGUAGAUACUGGGGCUUAAAGGGUUAAUAUGUCAAAUGCAGGCGACUUUUCCUGCAACCUCGUUCCCAGGGUUCUCUGCUACCUGCACUACGCCCAUAGGGUGGGUAGGAGAGAACCCUGGGAAUGAGGUUGCUUUUCCUGGAGUUGAAUUCUUUAGGAUUUUAUUCAGGUUCAAAAAGAGGAAGGAAAAUUUGUCGUCGUAUGUCCACGUCCUCCAUAAAAUGUCAAAUUAGGAGGUUUCACGUCGUAGUCGUGUAGUGGACGUCAAAGAAAUGUACUAAAAGCGUGCUGCACGUGCAGAGCUGUUGUCUUGGUCAUUAAAUCUAUUGUUUUUUGAAGUUGUCGUCGUUGUCAUCGUCAUAGUUGCUUAAGCUCCGUAUUAGUUAUGACAUUUUGAAACUUAAUUGAAAACCAGUAAAUAUAAUAUAAGCCCCUUUGGACACAAGCCCCUCUGUUUAUAAGCCCUCCUUAUGAAGGUUUAUUAGCCGACAGCUUAUAAGCAGCAGUUUACAGUACUGAAUUCUAUCUGGGUCAGUGUGGAAGCAGAGGAACUCUGCUUUAGUAUAAUUUAGUCACUUACUUGAUCACUUUCACCUUAAAGGGGCUACCUUAUGUUGUUUGUUAAAAGUUAAAACAUGUCUUUGCGUCAAGUGAAUUCCAAAAAUAUUGGUUGCAUUUUGUUUUUUAAGACUUUAUUUACCAGUAUUUAUGUCAUUUGUUCCUAUGGAUGGCAAGAAUGCAUGCGGAAUAAAACAUGGACGUGAAAAAACAGAAAUUAAAAUUGAUCAUUUCAGAAACAAUUUUCUUCAUAUAAUAAUAUUAUUGCCUUAUUACAGAGUUCUCGCAGGAUUCUGAGAUCCAAUGAAAUUGUUCUUCCAUCCUCGGGUCUGAUUGACACUGAACUGGAUUUGUCCUUCUCGCUUCAGGUCAGUUGAUAGUACAUAUAUAUCAUCUUUUAAAUACAUACAGUCGAAACUUGGUAAUACGGCCACCAAUCGGCAAUGAGUCAAAAAAAUUUGGCCGUAUUACUGUGGCAGGCUCAAAUCUCAUGACUUGAGGUCCGUAAUGGCAAAUACACCGUACACCCCAAUUUUGAACCUCUAUUCUCAUUAAUAAAUAUCUGGAAUGUAAAUAUCACGUACAGUAAUUGAAAAAGCUACUUAAAAUUUCCUUCAGUACAUGAAACUCUUUUAAAAUUCAGUGUACUGUAGUCUAAAAACAGUACAAGAUUAAGCUCAGAUUACUUAAGGUCAAUAAAAUUGACAAGUUACAGGCGUUUUGAGUAGCCGUAUUAACGGGUGAAAUUAUAACAGAUUUUAGAAUGUGCCCAUUGGCCGUAUUAACAGGUGACUGCAUUAAUGGGGGUUUUUUUAUAAGGAAAUGUAUGGCCAUUUUGCUGGGCCAAAAAAACUGGCCAUAAUAUAAUAUAUAACGAAGUGACUGUGAUACCGCCGUUGCCGUAAGGCGGGGUUCCACUGUAAUAUUAAUUUUGUUUUGGUCAAGUUACUUUUAGAGGUAGUAUCACACACCCUGGGAACAUUUCAGGUUAGGUUGAUUUCUUUCAUUUUACUUUACCUACAUGUACAUGUAUAGUACCCUCACUUUUUGAAGAGAGCUGGGAACAACCUUCAGGUAAUGCUUCAAAGACGAAAGAAAUACAAGAAUCGCACCAUCCUUGGGUUCAAAACUUUGGCUGUUGGAUUGGUAAACAUGGGUCAGGUGAGAGACUGACUGCAGACUUCUAGUUACAUGUAAUUAUCUGUUGCUCUGUUGUUGUUGUUGUUGUUGUUGUUUUCUUAACCCUUUCAAUCUCAGGCGUCUUUUAAAUGACAGUCUUUAUUAUUUGAUCUGUCUGAUAAUCAUUUCUAAGCACUGUUAAUCGGGCAUAGCCAAAUUUUAGUUGGACACCGUCAAAAUAACUGACAUGUUUUAACAUUUGUGCCUGGCUCUGCAAUCCUAAUCCUAAAGUUUGAAUGGUCACUUUUUGUUCCAGACUUACACAUGUAUCAUAAUUCUUAAAUGUAACAGACAAAGGAAACUGAGUUUCAAACCAGGUUGAAAUCAUUUUAACCUUCACUACAGUAAACUAAAAGAUCGGGAUCCAAUUUAUUAGGGUGCAUUCAAAAGACAGUAUUUAAUAAUAAAUGGACAGGGUUUGCAAAUUUUAUUGAUUCAUGAGUGGAGUCAGUGUGACUUCUGCUUCACAAAUUUUGGAGUCAUUUUGGAAUAUUUGGAGUCAAGUAUCACAACGAAAAAAGCCAUUUUCAGACUUUCCAGCACAUGGCCCUGGCAUGUAUACACUAUCGUGAAGGAUACACGAAGUAGCUGUGGCAGACUUCUGACCUGGAAAGUUCAAAUCCAUGAUGGCAGUCAUCGAGUAAACUUUGCUCGUAAUUUAUCCUCUUCUGUUUUGUGGUGCAGUAUAAUUCUUUAAUUUUGAUGAUUCAAUUAAGGUUUACAAUUAACGUAAAUUGUAUUUGUCGUGAAAAAGGUAAGGACAAAACUGUGUUUGUUACCGAAAAUUUCUGGAGUCGAAGUGACUCCCUCCGUAAACUCAGUGGAGUCAUCUGAACAAUUUUGGCAUAAAAUAUGCCAAAUUUGGCGUAUUUGCGAACCCUGAUGGAAUAUAAACUCUGAAAAUCACUAGUUUAAUCUGGCAAUCAUUGGACUGUAAAAUCCAGAAAUCUGGUGGGCAAUAAUAACAGUUAAUUAAUAAUUUUUAGCUUUCUGAUGGUCAAAAAGUUUGCAGUUGAAGAGAUUUAACACCAAUUUCAAUGUAUUCUUACUCCAGAAUGAGAUCAAUCAAAUGUGUCCUUAGAAUAUUAGGUAACAUUUUUAUAUUGUGAUUAUUAUUACAUACUUGUUGUUUCCAGGUCCUUCAGCAUGCAGUAGAAAAUCAGUUAAAGUUGUACACAAAGGGAACACCUGUCCCUGUGGCACAGAUUACUGUCAACUCUCUUACUAGGUUGGUUGUGCUUGGGUAAAACUACAUAACUUUUCGUGGUAGCUUUUCUUCUUGCAAUAUACAAUCAGUUACAAAAUCGUUGGUCGCAACACUGCAGUUGUCAUGUGAGGUAUAGUUCGCCCUCUCUCCCCAAGCAACGUUGACUUGUUCAUUUGGGUUGUUACUUUUGGGGCUUUUCUUUUUGUUGGCCGAAAACUGUUUUCUUAAUGAAAAUUGUACAAAUGUAGUCAGCAUCUACCUCCACUAAGUAAUGCCCAAAUCUUAGCUUUUGAAUUAAGGUGGUUUCUUAUAUGGCCAGUUGAAGUUGUCUGUAAUGCAGCUACUAUGGAUCUCCUCUGUAAAAGAUUUCUGCUUAUGUCUUAAUUGGCAGUGAAAAUUAUUGGGCUUUAAAGUUAGUACAGGUACAUGUACAUUUUGUGAAGAAGCAGUUUUUAUCAUUGAAUGCAAAGUAAUUAGUUUAUUUCCUGUGUAUUCACAGCCAGCCGGUUGAAACAGAUAGAAUGACUGGAUCAGCAGUAAGAGGUGCGUACAGUAGUAAAAUACAUAGUGAGAGACUUGAUAAUUUUACAAAGUUUGAUAACCAUUGGAAUUUAAUAAUGUGUUGUGUUUUUUAUUCAGGUGAUGGUGAUGAGAACUCUAGUGAUGAUGAUGAUGAUUACUCGUUAUCAGACCAGGAAGCAAGUGACAGUGGUGGAGACGCUGUAAACACAGCUAAUUUAGUUUGCUUUAUCUCUAUGUGCUUGGACCACAACACAAAAAUUCUCUUUUCAUCACUUAAAAUGUAAUAAGUACAUUUUAGCCGCCCCCAGUUCUGAUACAAACUCGGCCCCUUUGCAUCUAUCCCGCCCCCCCCCCCCAAAAAAAAAAAUCAAACUUAUUUUCAUAUUCAUAAGUGGUUGUGCACAAAGUCUUGUUUUGAUGAAGGAAAUCGAUUUUUCUUUCAAGGAUAUUCUUGAUGUGGAACAGAGGCAAGGAGGUAAAAUAAGGCGUGGAAAAAUAACAAUACCAGCAAAGGUAAAUAAAACCAAAACCUCAUGUUCAAAAUUUUGUUUUAAAUCUUUUGAUGUGAUUAUAUUUGUACCAAAAAUUGACAUAAAAAGUGAGUUGAGAUUUUCACUAUGUAACAAAGCAAUACACAUGUUUUGAAGAAAAUUUAGGGUGUUAAUACAAAUGUAUCUGUAAUACCUGUAACGUAGAAAUUUUUAUGCAGUAUGAAAAAUCUCAUUAUAAUAGAGUAAAAUUCAUCUCAUCAGUCAGUACUUUCACAAAUAAGAGAUUGUGUGUAGUGCAUAGCUAAACACUUUUCAUAGCAACAUAGUUACACAUCAAAGCUGCAGGUGAAGUGGAUCAUCAGACAAUUUCUUACUAAAAAUUGGCCCAUUUCUCACAAGGUCAGAUGUGAGGUCUAGACAAAGUUAAUAGUUAAGACUAUUAUUUUUAAUUUUCAGAUGAACAAAAUCUACAUUGAAGGCUUGUGAAUAAUUUACGAAUGCUCAAGAUAGAUUUAACUUUUUUUGUCAUAGUAAUUAGAUAGUAGUAUUGCAGUGAAUAUGUGUGGUGCAGCUGUCUACCUGCAAUUUAAGAUACAUACAGUCAUGUAAUGUGUCCUUUUGGGGAAUUGGACAGCAUUUUUGUCUUUUUUUUUUUUGAUAACAUUUGGUUUCUUAUGCCCUUUUAAUAAUAUUUUUACCAUGUAAGUGCUGGCAAUUUAUUUUUUGACUGAUGUGCCCAAGGAGUUUAAUAUUAUAUUCUUUUUCUAUCAUUUAGCACCAGAAGAAUUUUAAACAAAAGUUUAUUGCACUCCUUAAGAAGUUUAAAGUCCCAGAGGAGGUGAGUCUAUUGUGUGAUUGCAUGAGAAAAGAAGAGUUAGAAUAGAGGAUGAAGCUUGUGGAAAUAGCCCCAUGGGUAUCUACUAAAUUGCUUGAUAUUCCCUCCCAAAUGACCCCAUAUUUGCUAAUGAAACAAAAGGGGGUCAUUGUACAAAAAAUCGUCAAGGGUCAUGCACCCCUUCAAUUUACCCUUGAGAAUAUGUUUGUAGCUGGCUAAAAUCCUCUCGGAUAGCUUGCGAGCAAGCUCUUCGGGGCGCUCUUGUGGCAGGGCAGGAAAAGGAAGGAGAGCUUGCAACUAUGUCUCUGGAAAUAUUUGAAUAUCUGCAUUGAAAAUGUCAAUGCAAAAUGCUGAUUGGCAGAGAUGACAUUAGCAAAGAUGUCAUUACCCUUGGUGCGUGCUUUCACGUGUUUUUCAAUGUGUGUUUACAUUCAUGCUGGUUUCCACUUUGUGCUGAUUGGUGGAAAUCUGACGGCUCAGUCGAUGUGGAGCCACUAGGAAAUUGAAGGCAGAAUUGAAAUUUCAGAGACAUACAUAAGUGUGGUUGUAAGCUCUCCCUCCUUUUUUCUGCCCUGGUGCCAGAGGGCCCCGGAGUGCUUGCUCACAGGCUACCUCUGUGACUUCUAGAAAAUCAACAGUGGCACCACUCAAGCAGACUACUGUAUUUGACUCACUUGUUUAAUUAUUUCUUGAAGGCAUUAGUUAAUGAGAUGGGAACUCUUCAGGAUAUGGAUAUCAGCCCUCCAGAAAACGAUGAGGCAGGGGAUGAUUUUCUCUUUCCUGAUGAUUUGGAAGACUUGGACAGUGAUAUGGAAAAUAACCUUCUUGAAGACUCCAUAAGUAUUGUGUCAACACCUAAACCUUCUCUAAGGUAUUAAAUAUGGUAUUUUAUUAAAUUCUGUUUUAAGACCGAGUCAUCGUUAGGUCAGCGUCUUGGUCAUACUUGUCAACUGGUUUGCCCCAGCCCUACCCAACCUGGAGACUUUUAAUCAUGUUACAAAACAGUGUAUGUUUAUUUUUGAUUACUUGAAUGGAAUGCUUGUAAACUAGCAAGAGCUCCAAUUGCACUUUCAUUAAAAAUAAGACAUACAGUGGAUCUGUCAUUUGUUUUGUUUCACAUUUUGUUUAAGUUGUUGUAAAUAUCACCUGUUUGAGUUUUGGAAUUCAUUAUUAUUUAUAGGAAUUAGCCUGCGUGGCAAGCGUUCAAAAGGGAAAGGAAAAGGAAAUUUGGGCCAAAUUUCCUUUCCCUUCCGUUUGGAACGCUUGCCACACAGGCUAUAUAAAAAUCAUUUGACCAGAUUCUUUCUUUAUGCAACUGUUUUUAGCACUUCAAAUACUUCAAAUGCCAGCUUCAGAUUCUUUCAGAAUGGUCAAGGCAACUUAUUGAUGCCGUUGAUAAAACACAUGACUUCAUUUUAUUUGUUUUUAGACCUUUCUUUGACCCUAGAAGCUCAGUUGAAAAUGUUCCAAAUCAUGUCGACACUUUGGUAAGUUAUUUUGAUGCAUAACGUGAUUAAGGGGCAAUAUUCCAGCAAAAUUUGUCUGCAAUUAUGGCGAGCGAAGCGUCUCCUUUCGCGUGCGACUCUCGCAUAACUUCGCGCAAAAACCGGUCGUUUCGAUACAAGUCGUUUUGAUACAAGCUCAAGCAGUGAAAUUGCACAAAAAUUUUGUUCACUUUAAGUAUAGUUUGUGAGUGAAGAAGAAAAACAUUUUGGGUGAAUAUCUUCGUUCUUUAAGCCAAGUAUGUGGAACUAUUUACACUUCGAAUGAAUAAACUUGUAUCCAAACGACUUGUAUCGAGACAACUUUGUAUCGAAACGACCAGUAACCCUUCGCGCGACUCCCCCAAAUGUAGAGCUUGCUUGCAGGCUUAGGGUGAGGUUACACGGGACAAUUCGCAACGACAAUUUCUAGCGCAGCAAAGCGUUACAAUGUUGAAACAAUGCUGCAACCAUUGGAAACAAUAUCGCAACAAUGUUGCAACGCUGUAUUGCGCAAAAAAUCGUCGUUGCGAAUUGUCCCGUGUAACAUCACCUUAAAGAGAGUGAGCAACAUAAAACUGGGAUAUGUCAAUGGCAAGCAGGCUAAUUGUUAUUUGUUGAUGCUGAAGGCUGAUUUGCCAGGCACUGAUAAUUUUUUUGUGACACAAGCUCAACAAUAAUUGGUUAAAUUUCAGUGAGUAGCUUGUUUUGUUGAAUAAUGUUCUGGUACAUUAGAUUGACGAAGAAGAGCUCAGAAGUCCGCCGGCGUCAAUUCAGGUGCAGGAAGCUGACGAUGUUCGAGUAGAUCAUGAAAUGGUGAGUUUUGUUGAAAUAAUGUAUCAGUUAAUGAGUUUGUGGCAGUAGCAUUGUUAUACAUGUAAGUUCACUUGUUUGUUCGUUUGUUUGUGCGUAGGACGUUGUAAGUCCACCUUCUGACGGAGAAAAUCUUUCGGACUCGACGAACACGUCAGACGCUUUGUCGGGAGGAGGCUUGGACGAGACGCCGUCUGUACGACGCAGUGUGUCAUUCAAGGAAAAAAGAAAUUUGGAUGACUCGGACACUUUAACCAAAAGAAGAAACAGCGAUAUCGAUCUGCAGGUGGGUGUAAAGCCAUUCAUAUUUUGCUUGUUCUCCAUUUAUAUAGAAAAUGCAGUUAUAAUCAAUCAAUUAAAUAAUCAACUAUUGAAGCCGAAGAUGCUGAAUGUGUUAUUCCUGAUUUCAGCUACCGAAAGUCACGUUAAACGAACAAUUGAGCAGUGUGUUAUCAGGGGAUAUUCCUGAGUCCAUUCUGUUGAUCAAUACUGCCGAGUGGCAAGGACAGGUAAGGACUUUUAGGUGCAAUUCCCAGAAUGAUAAAUGUAUGUGUGUUUUCGACGCAAAAACAGAUGAAACGUUUUCCGUCCGUCCUAUGUCGUUUCCUGAACUUGCGAUAAUCUCCUUUACGUUUAAUUCUGCAUUCCGCAGUUCUAAUAUAUGAUUUUCAUAUAGCGUUUUCUGAUCGAUUUCCUUCUCACUUUCACCAUCCAGAAUAAUCUGGACACAAUUUGAAAACUGAACGAAAGGUCCUCAGCUCUUGGCUGUCGACGAAGCAACUCGCCCUAACAUGACCAUCUCAUGACCAUUUCGUGUCUGUGUUUUUCGAAAAUCCUCAUGUUCGACCCACCACUUUACACCACUUAGCCCCUGUUUUCAAUUCAGUUUUCGCCCUGGUGACUCUUUCUGGGUGACCAAAGACUCUGUUUUGGCGUCUACGGUAGGUGGCAUAGAGUAGAAAAAGCGAUGUGUCUUUAAUGCGCACGCGUUUUGGGUUUAUGUAAUAGCACUCUCAGAAUGCUGUUUGACGUUAUGAGGUUUAAUGUUUCCCUCUUCUGUUUCUGCAGCUGUUGGCACUAAAGCUCUGUGAUAAAGCUGUGAAGAUGAUUUGCACGAGAUCAAGUUCAGACGUACAUGCAGUUUUCUUGGCCAUCGUUAAUAAAUAUCAGAAAUUGUAAGAUGACACCAAUUUUCUUUUAACCUUCUGUGUCACGUUGUGUCUCAUGUUAUAUGCCUUCUUUCUCGUUAGCUGUAAUACACAUCCAAAGUCAACCCGACAGCUGAGUGUAGCGAUCGCCGGCACAGAGUCCUACAUCAGCGCUGUACUUCAGCCUUACGUGGAACACUUCGCUUCCAAGCCAUCAGAUUGGCAAAAUUUUCUUCGCUUUCUCGUUAUUCCCCUCGGUAAGUUAAUACAACUACCUUUUUUAAAAGGUAAUACCGACGGACUUAAAUUUGUAUGCGAUAGACUAAGCCUCCCUCACGGGUGUAGUAUAUAUUUGUUUUGUACCUCAUGACAGGUCACUUGGAUAAAUCUCUUCUCCCUAUGCCCUUUUUUACUUGAGCAACCAUUUUUCUCCAUUUUAAGAUUUCAUUUUAAGGCAAGAUACACAUGUGCAUAUCGCGUGUCAAUUUUAGGACACAAAUUUUCCUUUCUUGUUCCGUACGUUUCUAUUAGUCGUAUUAGGGAGAAUUUGUUUAAAUAUUUUAGAGAAUGUAUCUUGGGUGAUCAGAGACUAAAUUUUCAUAACCUCUAUGGUUGAAUCACUGUUGAGGCUUGAAGAGUUAACCCAAUUUGUUUAUGGUUUACAGACAGUCAACCUUUAGCUAAGUAUAUCGCGUCGUUGGAUCCGAGGUACAGCUCUCUUUUCAUGGACAAUGUUUGGAAAGAAGCGUUUGAACACUCCGACACGACUGUCGGUGAGUCUGUAGCAUCCUUUCUCUGUCUGUUGAUAAUGAAAUCUGAUUAUUUUGUAAUGAUUGUAUAUUAUUCCGCAGCUGGUGCGAGUGAUCAGCUCGUCAGACCCGUAAUCCGGUGUUUCCUCUCAGACCACUAACUAGCUGGACUUAUUACUCGGCUGGCAUUGUAGACGUUUUCUUCCGGUUCGUGAAUGUUUCUGCUCGAAUAUCCGCCAUAUUAGAUUCUAAAAAGUUGGGGUGUUGACAGAGGCAAGUCAGCCGCUCCCCCUCCCCCUCCCCCUCCCCCUACCCCAUCUCUUUCCUUCACCCUAACACUUAUUUCUGGGCGGCUAUUUCUACUUUCCUUAAUCUUUCUCAAUGAUGAAAUCAAAGAUGGCGGUCACGACGUAACUAACAUAAACAAAUUGCUUUCGCCCGCCCGAAAAAUACGCCUGUAUUGGGCGCUACAGUCCUUUGUUUAACUCCUCAGCCAUGUUGUAAAUAGCCGAGUUUACUAGUUGCCUCCUGCCAGUUGUUGUUUCAUUUAGACUAUUUCUCAUUUGCGCAAAUCGUUCACCAGUCACUCUGGCCAUGUUAUUGAUCAAUGAAAAAAAAUGCAAUUUGCUUCUUAUAUCCUUAUUUCUGAUGGAAUUUCACUUAGCUGCUCUGUCUGGUUCAUAGCCACUUUCACCAUAAACAAACAUUUAAUAACUAUAUUACUUUGUUCAUUGACCAUUAACGUAGCCAGAGUGACUGGUCCAAGAUUUCUGCAGAGGGGAAGCAAAAUUCAUGAAUGGCAAAAUUCUGUUCUAAAUGGCUUUGUACCAUUUGCAUAGUUACGUCUGUUUCCAGGAAGGAGUUCGGUAGUACUUAUCAUCAUCCCGGAGUGAAAUUUCUUCCUUAGUCAGGACGACUAUUAUAGCCUUGCCAUAUACACUUCAACGUAAACUUCAAAUUUGGAACUCCCCUCCAAAAGACCUUGCUGUCUUUGCCAAUUGAAAUGCCUGGAAAAGGUUGUAACUUCCUAUGACACUUCCCAUGACACGAUUUUUUGAUGAUUUUGUUAGUAGGUGCAGAAAGAACUAACACGUUUUAUGGCUCGUAUUGUGUUUUUUUCUCUCUAUUGAGGUGUUUUCUAAUUUCUUCCUACAAACGUCUGGUAGGCAGAUUUGUUAACACUUUCAGCUAUUUUUAAGCUGCUUGACCGCUUUGUAGUCUUAGUCCCGCGCCAACAGCAUGAUGUUUUUUUAAUUGUAGACUUUGAGGAAGUCAGCAGACGAGUCAAAACCUUCAUGUCAACGGCCACUAUCGCACAUAACCUGCCGAUUGCUGAGGCACUUGUAAAUACAAAACCAAAAGGGUUAGUGAAAAUUCCAUAGAUCUUAACCUCAUUCCCUAGUUUUAAGGUUCCUUUUGAGAAACCCCGGCCUGCUGUCUGUUAUUGUGUUGUUUUCUUCUUCGAGUAAGUUCUCAGGAUAGUCUCUGUGUUCGACCCGCGGGGGAACGGGGUGGUGGGAAUGGGAAGAGGGAGCCGUCCUUUGUUCCCUUCCCUCCCCCACUUCCAAACCCAACCAAAGAAUUCCCAGAAAGAAAGUUUGUUCCCAGGUCUUUCCACUUUGUCGCAAAAGUUUCAUUAGAUGAACUUUAAGAGAAAGUAUUGAUUGUUCGGCAGUAACCGAGCGACAGACUAGGGUGAAGAGGGAAGGCUCUUACUUUUGUUCCAUUAUAGCGCGACUUUUCAGAUUGUUCUUCCUUUAUGUCAGAGCAUAGAAUGUAGUGUUUGCCUUCCUUGGUUAUCAUGGAUUGCGAUUAUUCGCAUCUAUGUAAAUCGUCUAUCUCUGUAUUUUUCCUCAAAGCUGAUUUUUCUUUUUUUGUGUUUAGGUCUGAAGAGGGCUCAUCGCAAAUAUUUCUACCGUUUGUUUGUGUAAGUAUAAAAGUUACAGAAUCUUCUCCCAGAUUUUUGUUUCAUUAAAGAUGAACGAAAAUUUGUGGGUUGUGCAAAGUUAAGGGGUUCCCUUUUAGAUCCAGUUUUCUAAAAUUGGUAUCUUGCGUAUUUUCCUUCCAGGACGUCAGGAUUGGUUCAACAGAUCAAGGUAAGCGACACGGGACAAGGCUUAACCUUAACUGAAACGUGACAUGCAUGCGUAGGAAGCGUAUCCGUUCGAGUUCCGGAUUUUACAACUUUUGCUAUAAAGGGCUAUAAAGGUUCCUUCUACUUGUUGGUUGCUGGAUAAUGUUGGGUUGGGCGGAGUCGCGCAGUUGUGUAGGGACAAUCUCGUAGCGCAGGAACUGUGGAGCAAAGGAGCGCAGUGGGACAGCACUCACCUCCUAUCAGUAAAGCCUGAGUUCGAAUAUUUGAGGCAACAGUUUGUUGUUAAUUUUCGCCCUUGCACCGAGAAGAUUUUCUCUGGGUGCCUCGGUUUUCCCUUCUUGUCAGAAAUGAACAUUUCCAAAUUCCAAUUCGAUUCUGAUCGGUGAACAACGGAUCACCUCGUAGAUGAACCACGUCUGAAGUGUUAUUCAUUCAUUCAUUCAUUCAUUUGUUUGUUUGUUUACGUAUUUAUUUCAGUAUUUUCUCAAGUUUGCAGGUUAUGCCAAUGUGCCGCCAAAUCCGCGCCCCGUGAUCUACUAGCCAUCAAUAGUUGUUCUCAUCGUCUUUUAUUUCGUUUUUGCAUUGUAGCAGACGACGAACCUGUAGCAACCACUAGCAUGCCGACGAGUACCGGAGCUAAGAGCAUAGGGACAAAUUUGAGGGCUGAAAAUCAGGGACCCGCCCUAGGAAGUCCCCAGACGCCCCCAACUUCAAACACUCCUUCGACAAGGUACGUGCGGUGUAAGGAGUAAAUCAGUGCUAGAGUCAACUUGUGAUCGUUUCGUUUUCUGUGGCGUGAAUUGUGCCCUAAAUCUUUUUCUAUGCAUUCAGGGGCGUAAAUGAUCUCUGGGUAUGACCCAGUGUAAUAUAGCGUCAGGGAUCAGAGUGCACUAGGCUGGAGAGUAUUUGUUUGACUGUUCAGUGAAACCCCGCCUUACUACCUCUUCGUUGACCGAGUGAUUUUUCGCCCGAAUAAAGGCUCACUCAUUUCCUCAUUCUACAACCUCGAAGAUGUUACCACCUCGUUAUUACAAACAACGACCAUGUAUUGGAGUCGCUAGGAGUUAUUCUCUUCACUUUUACCUCUUGACUACAACUUGAUUUACCUUUGUGAGUUCUCUCAUUUGGCUACGGUGAAGAUCUCCCUUUUUCUUACGCUCGCGUUCUUUGUUUCGUUCCCAGCCUCCAUGACAGUGGAGGAAGCGGAGUAGGCCUGUGGUCGAGUGAGCUAAUGGAUCUUCAAGUUGACUAUUGGCUGGUACCGGGAUUAAAAAAGGAUGUUAAUAAGGUACUGUUUAUACUUUGACUUUGUUUUAUUUGCUGCCUUGACAUAGGUCCUUUAUGAGCUAUGUGAUUGGAGUGUGUUUGUUGGUGCUUCCCUGAAGUCUUUUUCUCUCUUUUUAGUCGUCUCUCAAAACAACGUUUCGAACGCUAGUCGUCUCCAGACUCCCAUCCCUCGAAUCUCCAGAUGAACCAUCUGCGCUGACAGUCAUGGCCGUGACCAAAGAACGCAAUAAGAGAGGUCUGGAUUGAUGUUAUGCCUUGUAUUUUUUCCUUUCUCGUUUUUAUUCAGUAGUUCUUUCGAGGAUAUUCUAGUUGACCCGUGCAAAGACCCCAGUACCUUACUGUAUAUGCAAUGUAUUUUCUUUGCGUAUUUUUUUGUUUUGUUUUGUUUCUUGGAACCAAUUUAACUGCUGACAAAAUUAACCUUCCCCUUCCCCUUUUAACGCCUGACACGCAGGCUAGAGAACAAAUAAUACCAUGUGCAAAUUGUUUUUAAAAAGAAUUAGUUCUUUUUCUGAGUGCCCGCUAUAAAACUUUCAUGUUUUUCUUCCAACGCAAUUCGUCUCCUUUGUUUUAUGGCGAUCACUGUCCGCAUCAGUUAAAGUUCUCCAAGGAAACGACAAACAACCCAGUGAACUGAGUGCGAAACUGUACUUAUUGAAUAGUAUUUUAAAAACAAUUAUUCCUGGGUUCAUUCUAGGACUAGUUGCGUAAAACUUACGUCCGACGUCAACUUGUAUGCGCCGACUAACCAGUCAGGUGGUUUUAGAGUCCACUAGAUUCUGAGAGGAGGACGACUACAAGAAUCAGAUUUUCUCUAUACUAAGUAGUGCGCGCGCGUGAACCAGUUUCAUUUAGGCGGGAAAACGCGAUAGCCGCCGUUAUUCUACUACGGGUUUAGCAAGAAUGUCGUAGUGACGGAAACAAGGUAUCAAAUGUUAGAAGUUUUACAAGUUUGGGAUUGGCAGAGUAACCUCCCUCGAUAAGAAUAACCGUGUUAACUUUUCUAAAAUGAAGCUUCCCGGGAUGUUCUUUUUUAGAAUAUGCGAGAAAAGAAAAACUAGUCAAAUCUUUUCCUCGUAGAUGUCCUCGCCUUCGAAUCCAAAAGCCUCUAUUAGCCAUUAUGUUUUAUAAAAAGCAGAGUAUGUGUAGCUCUUUUUUAGUAAUGAUUUGUUUUGUUUUCUGCUCAAUGUAACGUAUAUGUGCCUUUGAUACAUCUUAAACGCUUUCGCUUGUAUGCACUUUAGUCUCGGUGAUCCAGCAUCUUACGGCUGUUUUAUAUCCUUUCUGCAGGACUUGAAGCUGUUAUGCGGUCCAUGAAGAAAUCAAAAGAGCGAGACACCGAAUCCAAGAAUCAACCUGUGGUGGCGAGUGUGUCCAAACUAAUUUGUACCACAAGAGGACAGAGCAGUACGUUAAACGGUGAGUUAAUAAACCCACAUAGUACCCUGGGAGCCAGGGAUUUUAUGGUGACCAGUCUUUUGUCGCGGCUUCCUCGCUUGUGGCUCAGGCCUUCGGCCAAAGAUGUGUCUACCGGCUGCCGACCCCAAAACAUCCUGCCGCACGCUGGUACCCAGGGUAAUGAACUAGUUCUUGCUGUAGCUUAAGGUUAUCUCCCCACGAUUCUGCUUAAAUUGUAAACUCGCGCAAAAUUCUGCAUUAACGGCCCUCGAGAACGAUAUUUAGCACGUGAAAGAUUGUUAUCGCAAUUCAGCAGUGUUUUGCGAAUCGAAAUCGAUUACGUGUGGACGGAAUCCGUGAACGCAUAAAUUUGUAUAGUGAUUUACAACUUUAAAUCAACUCGUGUGCACCCAGCCAGAUUGUCAACGAGGCGGGCUUGUGAACUUCUUGAGGAAUGUUUACUUUCGGUUUGUGAUUCAUUUGGUGACAGCAUAUAUAUCUUCAGCUACAUGAUGCGUUUGCUUACAGGGUUUUCAAUAAAAACCGGCGGCUGGCUUAAUUCGCCGGCUAUUUUACGUGAAUUCGCGGCCUACUUUUCUUUGGAAACUACCCCAGUUUAAAUACAGUAUUCAUGUGCUUUCACCAGAUAAAAAAGCCAAAAUUUAAUGAUGUCUGUUUUCUUUUCAAACACUCUAAUUUUUGCUCCAAAAUGCUGGAAAUGUUUUCUAAGAGCCCCAAAUUUCAAAAUUUUGUCAGGGGGCAUCCCUCCGGACCCCUUAGAUUCUCGCGCCUUCAGCACUCUAUGGAAAUUUGUUAAAUAGGGAGCAGUAGGUAGAGUCCAGACUGCAUUGUUGUAUUUAUUGUCUUUCAGUUGUGAUUGAUGGUGUGACGUGGAGCGGUGUCAAGUUCUUUUCGCUCUCCUCCCAGUGGCCCACGCAUAUCAAGAACUUUCCCAUCGGUCUGUUCGGAAGAGCCGAGACCACGUGUUGAACACUCCUAUCCAGGUCAGAAAACGUGGAUUGUGAGGUGCUGAGGCGAGUUUGACGUGCCUUAGUUCAAGUGGAAAAUCCCCCGUAGUGUAGUGAUUUAAUUGUCCAUGAAAAGCGUUGAGCAGUUUGAACUCGCUAAAUUUGUUGAUAUAGAUUUCGAAAGGCGAGAGAAAAUGUUGAGAUAAGGUCAAUAAGCCUUUUAUUCGCCGAGUUCUAUUUCGGAUGUUUUAUGUGACGUUAGUCAUCCAAACAUUUGAAGCUGUUAACUUGGCGGACAGACUAGUUGGUUGUCAGUUCCAAGUACUGUGGAUGCAACUAAGCGCGCUCCUGUACUUUCGCUAUGUUCAAAGAAUUGAGUUGGGUAAACAUCAAAAAAUGUGUAUAAACAAUCUCUGUCAGAUGCAAAUACAGAUUUACUGGCGACAGCAGACGUCAGUUAACAAACAGCAUAGAAUCAAGUCCUUGCUAAUUUUCAGUUUUCAGCUACUCCUUUUGAUAUGAGAUCAAGGAAGCUACAUCAUCUGUUCAUACCUUGAAGACCGUUUUUUGAUGUUAGAUGCUUCGUGUUCUUUAGCUGGGCAUUGCAUGCCUCGUGAUUGAUUGAAAAAUCUCGCGCGCUUUUUACACCAAUAAGACGUAAAACAGUAAACAAACGUAACUUGGUCACACCAGUUUUCCCGCGCCUGCCUGGCGCCGGCGAUAUGUAUUUGCCUCUCUGAUUGGUUCAGUACUUUAUUACCUGUAUUGUGAUUAGAUAGAAUAUUUAUUCUGGUUUGGACUUAAAAUCAGUUCAAACAAGCUCUCGAUCAAACGUAAUGAUUACAAUAUUAGACAGCGUUGCUUGAAAGUUUUAACAAAUAUUGAGUCAAAAAGGCGCGAAAAAAAAGUUUUAUUGGAGAAAACAG